GUUAGUUUGGUAGCCACAAAGGAAACAGACAGUGCAAGAUCUCGUAGCAUGCCAAUGUCACCAUCUGAUUUCCUGGAUAAACUAAUGGGUAGGAUGUCGGGCUACGAUGCAAGGAUCAGACCAAAUUUCAAAGGCCCUCCAGUUAAUGUCACAUGCAACAUAUUUAUAAACAGCUUUGGAUCCAUUGCAGAGACAACCAUGGAUUACCGAGUGAACAUCUUUCUCCGUCAGAAUUGGAAUGAUCCACGCCUUGCAUAUAGUGAAUAUCCAGAUGACUCUUUAGACUUAGAUCCAUCCAUGCUGGACUCAAUUUGGAAACCUGAUUUGUUCUUUGCUAAUGAGAAAGGUGCCAACUUUCAUGAAGUUACAACAGAUAAUAAGCUGUUGCGAAUUUUCAAAAAUGGAAAUGUACUUUAUUCCAUCAGAUUGACUUUAAUACUGUCGUGUCCAAUGGAUCUCAAAAAUUUUCCAAUGGAUGUGCAAACAUGUAUAAUGCAGCUGGAAAGCUUUGGCUACACAAUGAAUGAUCUCAUUUUUGAAUGGCAAGAAAAGGGAGCUGUCCAAGUAGCGGAAGGGCUCACUCUGCCACAGUUUCUGUUGAAAGAAGAAAAGGAUUUAUGCUACUGUACCAAGCAUUAUAAUACAGGAAAGUUUACAUGCAUUGAAGUCCGAUUUCACCUGGAAAGGCAAAUGGGUUACUAUCUCAUCCAGAUGUACAUACCAAGUCUCUUGAUCGUCAUUCUCUCCUGGGUGUCAUUUUGGAUCAAUAUGGAUGCAGCUCCUGCCAGAGUGGCUUUAGGCAUAACAACUGUACUGACCAUGACAACACAAAGCUCAGGCUCACGAGCAUCACUUCCAAAGGUGUCAUAUGUCAAAGCGAUUGACAUCUGGAUGGCUGUGUGUCUGCUCUUUGUAUUUUCUGCACUUCUGGAAUAUGCAGCUGUAAACUUUGUGUCAAGGCAGCAUAAAGAACUUCUGCGAUUCCGCCGGAAGAGGAAGAAGAACAAGUAUUUUGAGGGAGUUCUUGAUGGAAAUGAAAUGAAUGAAUCAUUGCAGCAUAGCAAUGGCUUGAGAUGUGCAGGACGUAUAGACGGGACUUUGCCUCAAAUCUACAGUACAAAUUUAAGGGAUGAUGAUGUAAGAGAAAGUCGGUUUAGUUUUACAGCAUACGGAGUGGGGCCGUGUCUGCAAGCAAAAGAUGGAGUGACACAAAAGGGGCCAAACAACCCCGUUCAAGCUGCACCAAAAAGCCCCGAUGAGAUGAGAAAGGUAUUUAUUGACCGGGCCAAGAAGAUAGACACAAUUUCCAGAGCUUGUUUUCCAUUAGCCUUUCUGAUUUUCAACAUUUUUUAUUGGGUAAUUUACAAAAUCAUUAGGCACGAGGACAUUCACCAAUAACAAGAUUAAGGCUUUUAGCACAUACAGUUCUGGCUGGCAUGUUCAACAGGAGGCUUUCUGUUAGAAAUAUGCACAGGAGUCAUCAGGAGUGAUAAAGGCAUUGAGAGGAAAACAAAAAGGAACCUACAUGACUUGCUUUACCAAGUCUCAGUGGAAUGGAAGAAUGACACCCAGAGAAGAUACAUCUGCUAUUGCAGUUUCUACAUCAAACUAAAUAUUAUCAACUUUUUCCACAGCAAAUCACUCUCUACUGAAGCUUUAUUGCCAAGUGUUUAUACAUACUGUUAUAUAGUAGCAUAAUUGUACAGUACUCUGAUGUUCCUUAAAAUUUUUUAAUUCUGGUGUAUUUUUAAUUAUAAAAUGGGUCCAGAACACCCUAGGCAAAUCCCAUAGUAUUAGAGAAUAGAUUAGCAUUUGUAACCCUUAUUUCAAUUUUACAAGAUAAUGACAGAUUACUGAUUUGAGUUUUUAGAAUUCAAGGACUUUUUCUUGUUUUUAGAACAGUAUCUGUGGUUUUGCAAUGAGCACAUUUGAUGCAUUUAAGUUAUAUUUUUUAUUCAAAGCAUUCCAUAUUAUGGUUCCACUGGAAAGUGUGAGUUGAAAUAAUCUGAGAGACAGCACAAGGUACAGCUGCCAAAUAGUGUGAAUAUCACUUGGAAAAUAUAUUAAAAUUUGCCAAGUAGUGCUUCCUGUAAAGGCUUUGUUUUUUCCUUUUAGUUACCUGCAAGUUACACUCACUUUGAUAAAUUGAAACUUAAAAGCUAUUUAAUCUUUUUUGUAUUUUUGAAGUUUUUUUCCUCAAUUAAUAAUUCAGAAAACUUUGGAGGUGGACAAACUGCAUUAAAAUCUUGCAAUGCUCUGUUUUUAAUUCAGUGCAAAAGAAACCCUGCAACAAAGUUAAAGGAAACAGUCAUCAGCUCUGCUGAAAUAUUGUGAGGAUGAGUACAGCUGUGUUUAUGUACCUAUAUCUCCUAUAUGUUACGUACAUCACAGAAAGUUUCAUAUAUAGGUAUACGAAGUUUUCUGUCUCAUUCUUUGAAGUUUACUGACAUGAUUUAGAUACUACUUAAGUACUUCACAAAUUCAAAAAAAAUGCAGUUCUAAAACAUGGAAAAAAACAUCCAGAUGGUCUUUUAAUUGAACCUCAGAGUAAUAAAUAGGGAAAAUACUACUAAAACUGUUGAGAUAUUUUUCCCAUUUAGAGCUACAUAAGUUAUAUUACUUGCUUCUUUGAAUUAUAACACAAUAGAUCACAUUUAUUGCAUAUUCUGUAAACACUUGCUAUUAUUCUCUACUGAAAAACAAAAAUAUGCUAAGAUAUGGAAAUCUGACAUUUAGAAGUACUAGGUACAUUAAGUCCAGUAGCUGAGGCUGUUUCACAUUGUAAAAUGUUUUUAUUUUGACCAUGUUUUAAAUUUUUGGUUCGUUAUUGCUCAGAAUGUGUAUACAAAAGCAAAAUAUAGCUGCAGGCAAACACCUGGUGCACGGCCAAAGGCAUGUUGCAUAUGAAGUAAUAGAAGUAACCUUACCCUGCACUGAGGAUUAUAACAAAGCAAGUUUGGGUUUGGUUGGGUUUGUUAUUUUUCCUCUAAGGAUUAGUUAGAGAGAUUUUAAAAUAGCAGUUCUCUAAUUUUGUUCAACUGCAUCAGAAAGAAGCUAUAUAAUCCUCUCUGACUCAAAAGCAAUAUUAUUUUACAGUUUUGCUUCAUUUAUUAUAUAAAACUAAUUCAUUUAAUUUUAAGUAAUUACCGUUUGCUCACAUGAUGUCUUUUUUUUUUAAACUGAUUUCUUUAGUUAUGUGUUCCAAAAAAAUCCUGAUCACCAAAGAAUGUGUGUGCUGAUCUAUGUGAAGGGGUAGUAUGAACUAAUACCUGACAUUUCAAUUGAGUUAUAUUUAUCUCCCUCAAACUUGUCAUGAACUAUUUUGUAAAAAAAGAGAGGUUAACUUAUUUUUACUUUCAGUGAAGUCAAUAGUAUUUUGCUUAAGGACUAUUUGAAGUACUGGACCCAUAAUCAAGAGGCAAUCAUAAAACAUUACAUUAACUUUCAAGCUUAUCUCUCUUCUUACCUUUUAAAAUAGCUGGUUUCCCUCAAUAAAGAAUUCUUCAUUGAAGAGAUAAAUACACAAAAAAUGCUGGCCAGAUACAUAACUCUCGAGUUUUUCUGUAACACUUCACUUGACUGCCUGGUUCACAUUGCCUCUUUCCCAAUCAUUCCAUAGUCUAAUACUACCUUGUUUGGAAAAUGUUAAGAAACCUGAGUAAUACAAGCUAAAUAAAUUUAGUCCUAAUUUCUUUCUUCGCUGCUUAAGUGAGAAAAGAUGUUCUCAGAUACAGAAAUGAGAUGAAAGGCUUGAAAGUGAUAAAAGAGAGAUUGGAUUACUGGGCUGGCAAAUAUAACAGGGGGCAAGAAGGAAUGUAGAAUUGUUGAACAAGAAGGAUAAAAUUCUUCAUUCAUGUAUGAAUCUAUUAUCUCAGUGAGGGGGAAGAUGGUAUGCUAAUCUAAGGAAAAAUUAUGGUAUGUGGUAUAUAUACACUAAAAAGUAUAAAACUACAUUAUAAUUAUUUUCUAACAUCCCUAAUGGAUUGUUACCUCUAGGCCAUCACAUAGGGAAGGUGAGCACACCCUAUUUCUAUACCGAAAAUUUACCUGUAACAUUCAGUCCUCUAACAGGGCAUAUUGAUUAAAAGAAUUAAAUAUAUUUAAAACAUUAUGAAAACUCUAUAGUUAGAAUAUUUUUGUAUGUAUUAAGUAAUUCUAUUAAGAAUAAAAAUAUUUCAAACAAGAGGAAAAAAGUAAGAACCGUUCCAUGAUGGCGCUUUCAAAUGUACAGAACAUUUGGCAUGUCACCCUGCUGCCCUGAAGUAAAGGUUUUUUAUUUUGAUAUAAUGGAAGGAAGAACUCUUGAACUGAUGUUUCUUUAUCUUUUACUGGAACUGUAAUAUUCGCCAAUUUAACAGAAACCUUUUCAGUCCCAAGCAACUUUGUGCAAAGUCACACGGCAAAGAAAAAGAUAAACGUCAGUUAAGAUUACAAAAGACUUCAAGGCAGAAAUACCAGCUGUCCACUAACCGACUAUGGGAAAAGCCCAAAAGUGCCAACAGGCACUUCAACAGUAACUGUCAUCAGCUAUGAAGAUUAGUGUGGGAGCUGAUUCUUCUGCAGCUGUAAAAUGAAGCAGCAGGGAAUCAGAUCAGGAAGUUGCAAACAGAGAGGUACUUUGCCGCAUCUAUCACGCUGCAGCAUCUUUGCUCCAGUCCUGCACAAGGAGCACUGCAGAAGCAGAAGGAUCAGAGAAAUGAUGCCUGAGGCAGAUACUACCUGUUAGGACUUCUACAUCUAAAAUAGGUUCCAUUCGGCAGGCUGGAGUAGUUAGUUCCUUGGCUCUCUGGAGCACAGGUCCUCAGCAAAACCACGCAGGGAAGCUUCUUGUACGCACAACCUUUGUGUGGCAGGCAACAGCCAUCACAGCCUAGACCUAGGUAAUUAUUCACCGUAGGUGCAGGCUCAGUGCUAUUCAGGUCAUGUUUUCAUGGCUUCCAUAGGUUAGCCCUUUAGCUUCGAAAAAUAAAAACACUGAUGUUUGAAAAUCCAUGUGAUGCACCAAAACCAGAGGAUCUGGUGGGUUACUCCAGUAGUACAGCUGCCAAAGAGCUGGCGUGGUUACCACAAAAGAGAAAUUCAGAAGCAUGAGACUUUCUUACCACCCCUGCCCAGCCCCCAGUACCCCCACCAUAGGCAUGCCAGCUCAGGUGGAAACCACACGCACAGGGGACACUGCCUCACCCAAGAUAGCCGCUGCAAAGUGUGCAUUCGCUUGGGACAGCAGCUGUGGCUGGGAAGAAGCAGAACUGACUUCUUUUCCACAUCAUCUGCUUUCUUAAUGGAAAGAGGAGUGGGGCAGGAGGACAGGAGGACAUGCUGAGGCUACGCAUAGCACAGGGGCCAUAUGGAGAGAGAAAGCCCAGAGCAGUGCCGCCUUUCACACGACUCUCCUUCCUGCACUAGAGAGUUAUGUGGUCCAACCCGUAUUACCCUUUGUAAGGUCAAAAAUUUUCAGUUGCUGAGAGAGAAUAAGGAAGAUGCUUCAUAAGUACAGCAGUUAAACUUACUUAACUCAUACAGGCAUCCUCUAGAAACUAGAGUACCAAACUCCUACUUAAACUCUGCAUAAUAAAAUGCAUUUUGUUUUAAAACCCUAUCCAAAUACCAGGAAAACACCUUGUCAAGCCUGAGGCUUGGGUUUCUGGGUUGGUUUUCUGCCCCUACAAUGUUAAUAAAUUAGAAGAGACUUGAGGGAGAUAGCAAAGAAGUGAAGUGGUGUUUUACUAUUUAGAAUUUAGUUAUUUAAGAUCAAAAUAAAGUUACCUCUUUACUGUCCCCAUAUUCUAUUUUUAAUGGGGUUUUGGCUGCAGACGCUCAUUGCUAUUGAGGCAGGUUAGUGGAAUACAGGAAUGACAUGGAAUUUCAGGUUUUUAGUUGAAUAAAGAGAAUUCAAAGAAAACCAAUCUAUGUUAUUGGAGCUUGUUCCAUAAGCUUUUUUAAUAGGCUGCUUUAUAAGGAAUCCUUUCUGAAGUGCGAGAUAUGAUUCUGUUUAAUCACUAGAAAGACUUAUGUUUAGGCAAUUCAGAUGUGCACUUUACAUUUGAGGAAUAAGGAAAUGCCUCCACUUUGCACUAUAACCAAUUACAGAACUGUAGGUUGGUAAUGUAGAUAAAAAUAGAGUGAAGAUAAACUGUGUAAACACUUUAUAUUUAUAAGAUCAGGGAAAGAUUAAAAAGUCUUCCUUAACCUUUAAAAAUUAAAAUGUAUUAUUUUUUAAUCAAAUUUUAUAUUAGAUGGAAAUGAAUUUAUUUUUACAGUACCCAGCCCAAAUUGAGAUGGUUGGUUGUAAAAGGUGAUAGAUAUACUUUAUGUGCAACUUCUGCUCUCAUUUGAGCUUUUAUUGGAAUUAAUCCAAUCUAACAGAGCAGAAUUUGGCCUUAUACUGUGAAACUGCCAAGUGAGCUAAUAAUUCCUACGGGACCCCUGUAAGGUAGUAAAAUAAUUUUAUCCACAUCUUACUAUACAAUCAUAUGGUUAUUUAAAUGAGAACACUAUCAGAUCAUCAUUUUAAAUGAGAACACUAUCAGAUCAUCAUGGCUUUUUUUCUCUUUUUGAGACCACUAAGAAAAAUAUAAAUCACAAACUCAGCUACUUGUUAAUAAUAAAACAGCUAUUCUAUUUUGCAGUGGUUAUAGAAAAGGUGCCUUCAGGCAACACGCGUCACCAACAGUAGUUACUGAAAUAUUAUCAGUUCAGAAGGCUUGUGGAAGCAGGUUAGAUUGCUAGAAGCAGUGGGUUAAACGCCAGAAAAACGUUGGCUCAUCCUGUAUUCUUGACGUUCUUGAACAUUACUGCACUUCUUCACUUUCAUCUUUGUGAAAUAUGCAAGAAACAUUUCUUAUGUUUGUAUUUAAAUGUAUGACAGAGUGAUGUUAAUGGAUGAAAUGGACUAAAGUAACUACUGAUGUUCCAUGAAUGUGUAAUUGUGAACUAUAUAAUAAGAAAUGGUGCCAUAAGCUUUGACAAAGUUUUAACAUAACGUACAGUAGCUUGUGUUAGUGAUCCUAGCUUUUUAAAGGCUACAUACGGCAAGAACAAAAAAAAUUACAAUAGUGUACUUGUCUGUGAUUUUUAAACAUAUUCUGCAAAUUCCUUCUAGACAACAUACAAUGGCAAUUUCAUCUCAAAGUACUUUUUAGUAAAAUUCUAUAAAUGUGUUAUGCAUGGAUUUGAUUAAAUUCCUUUUUAUUGUAUUACAGUAUAAUAUUGCAUUUAAACUGACAUUCUCUGCAGACAGAAGUGUUAAAAUAUGUGCAGUUUAUGGUGUCAGUCAUGUAA